UAAAAGUAACGGAUCAGCUGAUUGCAGCACAGCUGAGCGAGUGGAGGGAGAAAACAGCUGUUCUUGUCAACUGGGGCUGAGUUGCAUUCAGCGCCGGACAUUCGAGCGGGAACCACCUGUCUCCAUCUUCAGAAUGGAGACGUCACUCCCGCUCUUGGGGAUUUUACUGAUAGCACUUGCACUCCCAUCACUCUCGGACCCGGCCGAGCCCAACCCUGGGGUAGUCGGCGCCCGCAAGCUAGCCACCGCCGUCGACUGUAGCGGGGCCGUCGCCUUCUCCGCCGCCGGUGUCAACCCCUCUUCUACCCGGGGUCAGCUCAGCUACCAACGUCCUCUCAACGACCGAGGAGUCGGCUGGAGCCUGGAGACCGGGGAGUUCACCUGCCAUUGCCCCGGACUCUACCACUUCGCCUUCUCUGGCUACGGCGAGAAACCUGACACCAGACUGAUGCUGAAGAAAAGGGUUGCCAACACUACAGAGUGGACGGACGUCGUCGCUGCUGGAGGUCCACACUCCGGAGGAGGUUCCAGCGUCGCUCUCUUGGACCUGGAGGUCGGUGAUGUCACAGCUGUGUUCCUGCAGGAGGGGAAUCUCCUACAGGACACCACUUCAGCCAGCUUCUGCGGCUACAGGAUCAUAAAGAAAUAGACGCGAAGUUGAAAGAUGGAUCUGGAGUACCGGAAGGCUGUGUGUUAGGAUUUUUUUCACGUUUUUAAACAUGCAGUCUCGCACGGAUGCGUUCAAGACUUAUGACAAAUACACAAAACGAAUUUGAAUGUUCUGUGUCCUUCAAGGGACUCAGCUAGGACAGCAUUUUAUAUUCCUAACAAGAUUCGUGUGAACGUAUGUUACGAGCGCUUCACCUUAAGUUUCCAUUCCUCCUAAUCGCAUGGCUGUGUAUGUAACAUCUUGUGCCAUCUUGUCUCAAACACGUUCUUCGGCAGUACAAAAUAACGUCAACCGCAGCGAGCGACUGUGAUGUGUUUAACCUAGUCAGUGUGAAUCUAGUGGUUCAGUGUUUCACGGACAAUGCUUGACUUUGCAUGUUGUAGUUGGCAUGUCCCUGUAGUAUAUCUCUUCUGGUGCAAGCACAUUGUAAACUUGUGUUCCUGUGAUUAAAUGUUUGUACACAA